GUCCUCAAGAAAUUGGGAAAACCAAGAAAACUAAAAGCAAAAAUAUUAUGGGUAUACAUAAAUAUAUUAAAGCAGGAACAAGAGUAUGUAUGUGGCAGAUGAUUUCAAGGUAAGUAGUUAACCAUAGAUGAUAUCAACAGCUACAAAUAUGAAAGAGCAGGGAGGAGUUGUUGAGAAAUGAAGUUAAUUAUGGUGGUUAAAAAGGGUUGGAUGGUAGUGUUGGUAUUAUUAGGGUUUAUUGGCAUCGGACCCUGCAAUUCUCAGAUUAACAGAGCAAAUUUUCCCAAGGGUUUUGUAUUUGGAACUGCUUCUUCUGCUUUCCAGUACGAAGGAGCAGUGAAAGAGGAUGGAAGAGGACCAACUAUUUGGGACACUUUUUCACAUUCUGGCAGAAUAUUGGACGGUAGCAAUGCUGAUGUUGCAGUGGAUCAUUAUCACCUCUACAAAGAAGAUACACAACUAAUGAAGGACAUGGGAAUGGAUGCUUACAGAUUUUCAAUUGCUUGGUCUCGAAUUUUUCCUAAUGGAACAGGGGAUGUUAAUCAAGCAGGGGUUGAUCACUACAACAGUGUUAUCAAUGCUUUACUUGCCCAAGGAAUCGAACCAUAUGUGACGCUUUAUCAUUGGGACCUCCCUCAAGCACUUGAAGAUAGAUACAAUGGAUGGCUUAACCCACAAAUAAUACAGGACUUUGCAGUGUAUGCCGAAACAUGUUUUCAAAAGUUUGGAGAUAGAGUGAAGUACUGGAUCACAUUCAAUGAGCCUCAUACGUUUGCUAUACAAGGUUAUGAUUUAGGGUUUACGGCACCUGGGAGAUGCUCGAUUUUGGGUCGUUUCUUGUGUAGUGCAGGCAACUCUACAACAGAACCUUACAUCGUCUCCCACAAUGUCCUCCUUUCUCAUGCAGUUGCUUCCCAUAUUUACAGAACUAAAUACAAGGCAAAACAGGAGGGAUGGAUUGGGAUAUCAUUAGAUGCUAUGUGGUUUGAACCAGAGAAAAAUAGUACAGAAUAUAUUGAAGCAGCUGAAAGAGCCCAAGAUUUUCAGCUUGGCUGGUUUCUCGAACCAUUGAUGUUUGGAGAUUAUCCAAGAUCAAUGAGAAGCAGAGUAGGAAAAAGGCUACCAACAUUUUCCAAGUACCAGGCUGAUAUUGUGAAGGGAUCUUUGGACUUUGUUGGCAUUAAUCACUACACUACAUUCUUUGCAAGAAGUGGUCCUUCUCUUAAUGAUGCUAUUGGAGAUUCUAAUGCCAUUACUCUUCCAAUUUCAGAAGAUGGGAGAGUUAUUGGAGAUAAAGCAAAUUCUAUAUGGCUAUACAUAGUACCUCGCGGAAUGAGAAGUCUUAUGAACUACAUCAAGCAAAAGUAUAGAAACCCUUUAGUCAUUAUUACCGAGAAUGGGAUGGAUGACCCAAAUGAUCCGCUGAUCUCCAUCGAGGAGGCCUUGAAGGAUGAAAAAAGAAUCAAAUACCACAGUGAUUAUCUAACCAACUUACUAGCUGCUAUCAAAGAGGAUGGGUGCAAUGUGAAAGGGUAUUUUGCAUGGUCAUUACUGGACAAUUGGGAGUGGGAAGUUGGAUACACUUCAAGAUUCGGUUUGUAUUUUGUAGAUUACAAGGAAAAUCUCAAGAGAUUACCCAAACACUCUGUUAGGUGGUUCAAAAGCUUCCUUACACCCUCCCCAGUUAGCAUACAUUAUUAACUUUAGUUGGCCUUGAGCCACCUGAUUUCUUAAG